UCUCUCUCUCUCUCUCUCUCUCUCUCUCUCUCUCUCUCUGCAUGUGCCUCUUCUUCUUUCUGACUGAGAUGUUGCGAUGUUCCGUGCUAUCUUUCCAAACGCGGACUUGUUUUGGGUGAUUUCGUUAUAUUUAGUUUUUGUACCGGAGGCUGGUUGUAGAUCAGCCGAUGCAGACAGCUGUCAUGAGGUGAAGACAGCCUACAUGAUGCGCCAAAUAGGCCCGGUGGAGCUGGUGCCAGACAGACCGGGAACAGAUGAAUCUCUCCGAGUGUGUGUCCACCCUGGGCCCAGCUGCUGCACCAGUAAGAUGGAGGACAGUUACAUGGCAGCUGUUCGGAGUGAGACACAGCAGAAGAUGCGGUCCUACAGCUUCGAGCUCAAGUAUCUGAUCACUGGACACACCAGGGCCUACCAAGAGACGUUUGAGUCGCUUCUGUCCUUUACAUCUAAUCUGACCAGCACCCUGUUUGACAACGCCUACUCAAGUCUGGCAUCAGAGUGUCGCCCCCUUGUGCUUCAGCUGUUCAGCGACAUCAAAUACCAUCUUUCUGGAGACUCUAAUUCCUCAUUGGACAACACUGUACGUCGUUUCUACAAUGAUCUCUUCCCGUUGGUUUACCGCCGUCUUCUCAACCCCGGGAUCGGCCACGCCUCGCCUCAGUCCUAUUCCUCCCCCUCCAGCAAUCACGACGACUGCUUGCGGAUGACGCGGCAGGAUGUCAGUCCGUUCGGACCCCAUCCUCGCCUCCUGGUCAGCAGCCUGUCCCGUGCACUUGGGGCAGGCCGAGCGUUGAGCCGACUGCUCAAACUGGCUGGAGAGGUGGUGAAUGCGACAGAGAAGGCUUCGUUAUCCAGAGAGUGUGGGCGGGGGUUAGUGAGGAUGCAGUACUGUUCCCACUGUAGAGGGCUGACGCUGAUACGGCCCUGUACCGGACUGUGUGUUAACAUUAUGAGAGGAUGUCUGGUGGGUGUGUCAGAACUUGGCGCCCCUUGGGGGAGUUUGGUGGUAUUGCUUCAACGGUUAGCUGCUACUUUAGCAACCAGCAGCAACCACAACAGCAUGGAGCUCGCUCUGUUGGCGGUCCGAAACCAUGUGAAUGACGCUAUACUGCACGCUCAGCUGCAUGGGCCACGCAUCACUGCCACAGUAGAGAAGGUGUGCGGACCCCAGGGUGCCGGUCCCAUGAUGAUGAGUAUACAUCCCACCACCACGCAUGUUCCAACAUCUGUGACAUCAUCAACCUCAGAGAGGUUAUCCGUGACUUCACCACCCUCAAUGCGCCCUACUGUUCAUCAACACCUGCAGCCACAAUCCCGCAGGUCCUUCCCCCUUAAAGGUUCUAGAGGUGACAAGAGUCGAAGCCUGAAAAAACUGUCAAGGGAGUUUGAGGGCUCCAUUCAGCGGUACCAUUGGUUUUUCUCAGAGCUACCAGAGAUGCUUUGUGAAAGUGAGAUGGAGGUUGAGCAGCACACAUGCUGGAGUGGCCAAGAUGUCGUGGAGAGUUACACAGGACGUGUGGUUGGCAGCAGUUUAAAAGCCCAGAGGGAGAACCCAGAGAUGAAUGUCCGCAAUACAGAUCCUGUCCUGAAGGGGGCGAAACAGAAACUGGAGCAGCUAACACAGGAGCUAUUAGCGGAGCUUGGCUGGGCGAGCAAAGCCAGAGAGAGGGUGGAGGAAGAGGAGGGUGGGAGCGCACAGACAGAAAGAGGCAGCGGAGAUGACUGUGAUGAUGAAGAUGGUUGUGAAGCAUCUGGUGAAGAGAACGGUGAUGAGACAGGCGAUUCCUCCAGCGGUCAUAGUCCAGUGAAGAAGGACAUGGCUCCUCCUCCUCCUCCUCAUCCUCCUCGUCGCCCCGUCCCUCCUCAUCACGGCUCCCCUCCACAGGUGGCUGUUCGAGGCUCAGCCAACACGUUGACUGUGGAGCCCUCACCUUUGACCCUGGCGACACUGCUAUUCCUGUUGCUGUCACCAUGGGAACCCCGCUGACCAUCCAGAGACACAUCCUGAGACGGACUUAGACAGAAAGACUGAGAGACGACCACACACUGUCUGUUCUGUGGUUAUUUGGUAUUUGAAAUGUCUGAAAGCGCAGCUCGACACUGAUUGUUUCUUUGUGGACGACGAGGCUGGUUUAUCACAGCUGCAGGUGCGCCGUGAGCAUUUUUGUAUUACCUGUACUGACCUCUACAUGUAUGUGUUUAUUUGUAUUUAACUUUGAUAAGUUAGAUUGCACAUCACUACUCACUUUUUUGAAGAGAGAUGUAAAUACAAAUAUAUAUAUUAUAUAUUUAUAUAAAGAGUUUCUAUAGAUAACAAUGGCUUGAUGUGUAAAUAGAGAUUAAUAUAGUGCAGAGCAAAUUGACUUGGAUGUUAAGGGACAUUUGGUUUGGUUUGACCUUUACAUUAUGAAUCCCCCACAGAGACCAAGAUUCAUGACAGCUAUAGUUCAAGCUGAAGGCAACACUGUUAACACAGUAGUGGACUUACAGUGAAGGCGAACAUGUGAGGAUUUAUUAGUGUUAAAGAAAACUCAGCACAAGAAGCUAAAGGGGAGUUUUUUUUCUAUUGGCAAAACAAUAAGUUAUGUGAUACUCCAGGCUAUUUACAGAUAGUUACCCAACAUGAUGAAGAACUUGACAGUUUGACAUGUUAACCUGUACAAAUAAGGCCAUCCAGCACUUUUUUAAAACACAAACAAGCUGGGUGAUCUUCAUUUCUGCAGCAGGUAUGCACAGAGUUUUAACUGCUGUUGCUCCAAAUUCAUAUUCCUCCAAAGUCUUGGAGGUUGUGGGAACAAACAGUAAAGAUGACAGUCCUCCCAAGAGUUGUAAAAGCUCUACGAAAGGAUGUAACAGCUCUUAUUUCAACUUCAGUU